AUGACAAAUUUUGUUGCAUUAAUUAGCCUCUUGUGCCUUUUGUACACGUGGUUAAGCACAUGUUCAUUGCCUCUAUUAAAAAAUGGAGAUGGUAUUGGAUUCUACGCCGUGCACCCCGUUCAACAGAGAAACCCAAUUUUAAUCAAAUUGAACAAACAAGAGAUUUUGUCUAAAAAAAUAUCAACAUACUAUGGUCAAAUAAAAGUGGGAGAAGAUUCCGAAAAUGUAAUAAAUGUCUUAUUUGAUACAGGUUCUACAGAAUUUUGGAUCCCGUUCGAAAAUUGUAAAGGUACUAAUUUUACUACUUCUCACAAUAAAUACAAACGAACCAAAUCUUUUAAAAAUAAAUUCAACAAAAAGGGUCUUCCAACAUUGCUGGAGGUUAAUUAUCUGAGUGGGAAAAUUACCGCAUUUGAUGGUUAUGACACAGUAAAUCUAGGAAGGAACCUGAUUGUUCCAAAUACAAAUAUUGCCUUCGCUACAAAUAUAGAAAUACCCGUUUUACAAGAAUUUAAGUGGGAUGGCAUUUUAGGUCUUGGAUUUGAGAAUGCGGAUUCGAGACAGCGUGGAAUGAAGACAUUUUUGGACCAUUUGAAAGAUGAAAAUAUUUUAACACAUAUGGGUUAUAAAAAUCAGUUUGGUUAUUACCUAUCCGAUCAAGGGGGAUUUGUCACCUUUGGAGGUGUGGAUAACCGGCUAAAGAGAUCACUGGAUGAAGAAAUCAUAUGGAGCCCCGUUUCAACCGAGAUGGGUUUUUGGACAAUUGACAUUAUUGGAAUCAGGAAAGAACAUAUGCCAUACCCUAGUACAGAGAGAGACUAUGAAAAAGAUAUCGUAGUAAAGUACGAAGGUUUUCAUGAUGGAGGGAAAAAGUCCAUUGUUGAUACAGGGACAUUUCUAAUAUAUGCCCCGAAAAAAACUAUGCAAAAUUAUUUAAGCGAUUUGGUGAUAAAUUCAUGUGAAGACAAAGAUAAACUCCCUCAUAUAAUAUUUCAAAUAAAAUCGAAAGAAAUGGAAAGAGUAAAAGGUUUGGCCAUAAUAGAAUUGGUAUUAUCACCAAAUGAUUACGUUAUUGAAUAUGUAGACGAAAAAAACUGGACAAGAGAAUGUAUCAUAGGCAUUCAAUCAGAUGAACAAAAUGACGAAAGUCAUAUUGAUGGAUGGACAUUAGGACAAAUAUUUAUCAAAUCUUAUUAUACCAUUUUUGAUAAAGAUAAUUUGCAAAUAGGUUUUGUCAGAAGUAAGCAAGAGGAAAAAAAAAGUACUAAAAUGAAUGAUCAUUUGAAAAGGUCUUUUCUCACGUUAAGGUCAAAAAAAGGAAAUAAUAAGAAUAGAAGGGAUUCUUACAACGGACCUCUAUGA